GAGCUGUGUUAGAAAAAUGCUGGCGGCCAUCUUUUGUUAAUGCAGUCGGCCGUUUGACAGAUUUGACAGACUAAUAUUUUUAUUCUCAGAAAGAAUGGAGGGCCAUGAUAGCUAUGAGUGUGAGGUGUGCAACAAGAGGUUUACUCUGAAGUCCAACCUUACACGCCACAUGAAGCUUCACGACCCUAAACAGCAUGCCUGUGACGUGUGUGGGAAGAGCUUCUCGACCAAGCCCCAGCUUGACCUACAUCUGAAGCAGCACCAGUACCCCCGCAUCCCCAUGUACAGGCAGGGAGAGGCCCGGAUGAUGUGUACGGUAGCUGCCAAGGCUGAGGCAGGCAACCCUAACAAGAAGGUGGACCCGACCUGGCUGGACCCUGUGAAGGCGGAGGCCGCUGCCAAAAAGGCCGGAGGGGAGAUGUGGAGAGGCCAGCUCGUCAUGACCCACCUGCAGCAAAUUCCACUCGUCUCCCAGCAAGCUGACCUCAUCCAUCAAAGGCCAGUACAAGAGGAUUGCCGACAGAGUGAGGGACGACCCGGUCGUGGGCAGCCUCGCCAUCCCGCUGCCCAACAUAAACGUCAAGUCCAUCAGCAACUUUUUCAGGAGGGAGGAGAAGAUGGCCAACUUCAGGGCAACGGUCAGGCCAAGAGUGAAGACUCAUCGGAAUGUUCUGUCAGGCCAACCAAUGCCUGAUGCCCCUGCUCUGCCGUCGUCACUGCCACCACCAGAUAGACCUCAGGUGCAGUACCAGGAGCCUCACCAUGUCGCUGGCAAAAGGCGUGGGGAAAAGCGGAGGUUGGACUUUGAAGACCCACAGCCAGACUGUCAACCAGGGCCUUCAAACCGCUGUAUCCAGCCCAAGCCUGCCACUGCAUCCUACGUGCCAUCUGCCGUGGCAAAAGCACCUGUCCUCCUGGUGCUGCCAACCCAACCACAGGCUCCAUCAGUGAGGUUGCUGCCAUCUGCCAACCCAGUCUUCCUCCCUGUCCUCCCACCCUGUCCUCCCGCAGUGAAACCUGUUAUGCCCAACAAGUCCAAUAAGCCAUGUGGGGCUUGCAAGGUGCCGCAGUGUGGGGGGCAGCGGAAGAAAUACACCCCUUCCAAAGACAAGGUGGCUGGAAGCAGCCAGAAAAUCUUCACCUUUUGUCCCUCCACCAAUAUGUCCACCACAUCUGGCUUCGAAGGUGUAACAUACACCAGCUAUGAACACUUUAAAACUGUGGUGGAUGGGGAACUGGAGAAGAGGAGAACCACCCUCUAAACCUGUUGUGGGUUGCAAUGACUGUCACACACACUGACACACACACACACACAUACUGACAGACACAUACACGCUCACACACACACACACACACACACACACAUACUGACAGACACAUACACGCUGACACACACACACACACA